UAGGGUCAGGGAAUUAACACCAGAAGGCAGUUGGAGAGAUGGAGACCUAGAGCCUCUUCCCCUUCCCCAUUCUCCCUCCCCCUUCCAGGCUGACAUGUCACCUUCCACCUAACAUCAUCUUCCAUCUAAACAGCAUCUUCCUGGUUUCAGAUCACAACUCUGGCCUCUGAUUUCUGCUUAGUUCCACAUUCACUACCCAUUUGCAAAGAAAACUAUCACCUCCUCCUCCUCCUGGAAUUGCUCAGGUUUUCUGCAUUCUUCGUGCCCUGACCACCAGUCCUAUUAACUCCGCUGAGAUGGAGGCACCCACACUCUUCGAAGCUUUUAAGCGGACUCCUGAGCUCAGUCAAGAGUCUUUGGACCCCAGGAUUAUCAUUGCGUUGUUUGGAAUUGACUCACCUCCUUCUAUCUCCCAGAGUUUUCUUCCUUCUCGAAAGAAUAGUGGCCAUCCAGCAAUUGAAAAACAGACUACACAGAAGUUUAAAACUCUCUUAAAAGAAAUUAAAGAUGUUCUGAAAAGUAUGGCAUGCAGUGAAGAGAAGGACAUAAACACAGAAUGUUCUGAGGAAACCAAUAUUCCUGAGGAUGUGUCAGUACUUAAAGAAAAAAUCAGAGGACUUGACAAAUUAAAUAAAGUGUUAUUGAAAAACCUACUUGGCGAUGUAGACUCAGAGAAAGAACCAAACACAAAGAAACAGGAGAUGAUAUUGAAAAACCAGAUCUCCAAGGACUUAGUACAAGUUUUUGCAAGACAUUUGGUUAAUUGUUCGGAAGUAAAAAGAGUCCUUAAUGAAACUCAACUAAAUAAGGAAAAAGUCAAGUGCAGAUUUCCAUGUGUUCAAGAAGAAAAUAUCAAACUGAGAUACAACAUGGAGCAGUUACUACAGGAGGCAGAUCACUGGAGUGUGCAACAUACUGAGCUCAGUGAACUAAUAAAAUCCUAUCAGAAAUCUCAGAAAGACAUCAGAGAGAAACUUAAAAAGAAUGGCGUUCACCUCCAAACUCAACCAAAUAGUGUGGCGUCAUCUAAACAGGAACUGGAGGAACAAGUAAAGAAGCUGAAACAUGACACAUAUUCAUUGCACUUGAUUGCAGCUAUGCUGGAGAAUGAAUGCCAAAUGUUAGAGCAAAGAGUAGAGAUUUUCAAGAAACUUCAUCAGAAAGAGGGAGAUUUGCAAGAGAAGUUUAAUCAGACAAACUCCGAACAGGGCAAGAAGGAACAGAAACUAUUUGAAACAGAGAGGGAAGAAAUGCAUAAGCAGAAAAUACAAGAAAUGGAGGGUACAUGUCACAAAAGAGACAAAUUCUUUAGAAACCUAGACUCUUGUCGUAUUAAGAAAGCUCGUAACAACCGGUUCAAUAGUCGCAUUGCAAGAAGAGCACUUUUGGGGAAAAAGAGGCCAAUCACUAGCCUACGAUAGAAAAAUAACCAAAAGUAGAAGUAAAGGCAAUUCCUCAAAAAGGUAUAAUACAUUCAACCCCAAUCAUGAUCAUCAACCCUAGGAUAAAUCUCUGGGUUUCAACCAAGAAAAUGCUAUCGAACAAAAAGAUUGACACAUUAUUCAUUACCUCAGUAGUUACAUAAGAUUGGUCUCUAGUGACCAUUAACGUCAACCUCUAGUUCAUAACCUGUCACCUCUACAUUUGUUUGUUUUAUGCUGUUAUUCGAGACUCUGAUACUUAAACUUAUAGUACAAAGUUACAAGUCAUAUUAAAUAAAAAUUAAAAACUA